AUGACCUCGUAUCGCAACGAGGCAUGGGACGGCGGUCCUCCAGGCGCCGAGGGGGACUACGCCCCGCAGCCCGCGCCGUCGCUGCCACCGACCAUGCCCACCACAGACCCCUGGACGGGCGUCAGCUACACUCAAUAUCCAUCCCAAUAUGACUACCAACCCUAUGGUGCCACACAAUACGGUUAUAGUUACGAUUCUUCUUACUAUCAAAGGCCCGAUGGUUAUUAUGAUUCUUCUAGACCUAGUUACCCUGGACAAUAUCAAAGUGGUUAUGGUUAUGCAAAGGCCCAUAGCCAGUCUGUUGAUGAUAGCCGUAACUAUGGGCCUAGAAGAACAUCAUUUAAAUCUAAGUCUAGGAGUCCUUCUCCAUAUGGCAGAAGAGAUCGGGAAUAUAGCAAGCGAGAUAAUAAUUAUGAGAAAAACUGGAAGCAUUCUAAGAGAAGGUCACUUUCAAAGCGAAAAUAUACUCCAAGUCGGUCUUCCUCUAGAUCUUACUCUAGAUCUCCUAUCAAUGAAAGGAAAAAUAGGCGGUCGGUUUCUUCCGGCUCAUAUACCUCAAAGAAAUCUUAUAGGCACAGGAGUAGUAGUGUCAGUAACAGAUCUUUGACCCCACCAAUAAGAAGAAGGAAUUCUAGGUCUCGUUCAACUUCAGAUAGCAGCAAAAGAAAUUCACGGAGAGGAACUUCAAAGAACAAAAAAGAAAUGAAUAGAAGUCUGGCUUCUAGAAGGUCAAGGAGUAUAUCACCUCGAAUUAAGUUAGAGAAAGACAGAUCCAGGUCACCAAAAAUAAAAGUAGAAAAGAACAGAAGUGUAUCUCCAUUUUCAAAAGCAAAAACGAUUCAUGGUAAAGAAGCAAAAUUCAAGGAAAAAAAGCCUAAUGUCACUUUACCUAGAAAAGCUACAAGGUCUCCAUCACCAAGAGCUCGCGUUAAAAUUGAGAGACCAUCGAUAACACCGCCAAAACGUAACGCUCGCGAUCGUGCUGUGACGCCUCCGAAGAAAGCUAGCAAGGAACGAAGAUCUAUGUCACCUAAAAAACCUAGAGACAGUUCCGUGACUCCCCCUCGGUGCUAUGCUCGUAGCUCAUCUUCAUCCAAGUCACGGUCAUCUCGAUCUAUGACACCCAAACCGAAGUCGCGUUCCCGUACCAAGUCACGACGCCGGUCGUCGUCGUCAGACUCCUAUUCAUCUCGUAAGAAUACUCGAUCGAAUAGGCGGCAAAAGCGCAGAAGUAUUUCGAAACAAAAAUCUAGAAGCAGAAGUCGAACACGAGAACGUCAUAGAAAAAGUCGAUCGACAUCGCGUCGUCGUUCACCUAAAAGCAAGGGCCGUCGCUCAAGGAGUAGUUCCGGACGCUCGAAGUCACGUUCCAGAUCACGCAGCGCGCAUUCCAGUAUUAGAAGUGGUACUAAGUCACCCAGUGAUGACGAACGACGCGGACAAUUCACCGUCGCAGACAGGAAACGCUAUUGGAAAUUACACAGAUACAACCAAGGCAGCAGAGCUAAAUCGCCAAAGGAAAUCAAGCCACCGCCCGGAGCGAUCGAAGUAGCUAAAGCAGAUGAGAUUGAUUAUGGGGACCCCCCCGAAGUGGAGGGGCUUAAUUUCGCUGAAUUACUUCCGCCACCAGAUCAACUGGGUGUAGAAGGUCCGUCCAAUUCUAGGACAAAUAAACCGCCCCUUCCUAUUCCAAUCAAGAAUGACGGUAGUUUCCUGGAGAUGUUCAAGAAACUGCAAGAAGAGACGAAAAAGCAAGAAGAAGUAAAAAAGCCUUUAAUAAAAAAGCCAGCUCUUCCGUUCAUUGGCAAACGUCGUGGAGGCAGGGUGCUUAAGACUGGAUUAGUGAAAAAGGCUAAAGCGAUUGACGAACAAACGGUAGACAAUACUCCCAAAGACGCUUGGUCCCUUUACAUGCAGGAAGUGAAAAAAUAUCGGGAGACGUCGUGCGAGGAGGAGAGGAAGACCAGACCGCUGGUCAAAUAA